GGAAGAUGUUUUCGAGGGGAGAGAACAUCCGCGAUGGCUUCGGUUUAGUAAAGUCGAAUGGUUUGGUAAAGGCGAACACGGAUAGUUGCCUAAAUGUCAUACUCACGAAAUCUCCAAUUGCGCAUCUGUCCGCAGGUAAUAAAGUGGUCGCGUUUAUCAGAAGUAAUGGGAAAGUGUCCUUCGCUUGCAGGAUGCACGAGUAUAAAGAUGGGAGAAGGGUCACAUGGAAACUGAAGGGUGUGGAGUACAGGGAGAAGAUUCUGGCUCUGAGUUGCGGAGAUACCCAUGUUGUUUUACUGUCUGAGGAGGGCAGAGUGUUUUGUCUUACCUCUGCCUCCAAUGAUCCCAGACCAGUGGGUAACUUGAAUCAGGUCAUUCAAGUUGCAUGUGGAGACCAGCAUUCCAUUGCACUAACCCAAGAUGGUAAAGUGUUCACGUGGGGCCAGAACUCCAGAGGACAGCUGGGUUUGGGGAAGGGAGAGCCCAGCACCUCGUCUCCCCAGCCUGUCAAGUCUCUGUCAGGGAUCCCCCUGGCUCAGAUCACCGCUGGGGGAGACCACAGCUUCGCCCUGACCCACUCUGGAGCCGUGAACAGCGCCGGGCAGCUGGGACUGGGGGACACAAUAGACAGACCUGCUCCAGCUCCUGUUGAUUGCCUGAAUCUAAAGAAGACCAUUGCUAUUUCCUGUGGAGUGGAGCAUACUGUUGUUCUGACAAAGGGAGGUUUAGUGUUCACAUUUGGCUCGGGUCGAUAUGGACAGCUUGGACACAACUCUCUCAGAAAUGAACUACGACCUCGACUGGUGGCCGAACUCUGGGGGGCAAAGGUGACCCAGAUAGCCUGUGGAAGAAACCACACAUUGGCGUUCGCGGGCUCCUUCAAAAAGAUCUACUCAUUUGGGCAUGGAGAGCAAGGGCAGCUGGGAAAUGGAGUCAAGAUGGAUCAGUCUGUGCCUCUGCCAGUACAGCUACCACAGGACCACAUUGAUGACCUGCAAAUUGAACAAACCUUUGCUGGAGGAAACCAUUCUUUUGCCUUGUGCAGCUCCGCUAAGGAAUCAGGAAAAGGGUUGAAUGACUCCCGUGUUGAAAAAAUGACUCAAACAUUAGACAAUGACAUCAUUGACAGAUGGAUCUUGCAAUGUGACUCAACAUCAUGGGAGAAAAUACAGAAGGAAAUCACAGAAACAUUCUCUUCUGCAUCAUGUUUAAAUGGGAGCUUCCUGGACAAAAGUUGUGACAAACAUUACCAAACCUCACUGAAGCACUCUGGCCUGGACUUGUCAUCCGCCCGAAUGGCUUUUCAAAAGCUUGCAGAAAAGGACAAAGUUCUGGCUGAGGUUAAAAAUGUCGUCCAUCGCAUACUCCUUCCCUCCCUGAGUAACGAUCCCAUUGGUGUGGAGGGUCUGAGGGUGUACCUCAUCAUCCCUGAGCUCUUGAGGGUUCUCCUAAAACAACAACGUGGCAUAGACAUUACUGAGGCCUUUGUGGCUACUGUUCUCAGACUGAACCCAGACAAGCUCCAGGUGAAGUUUCAAGCAGAGAAUGGUGUGGAUGAAGGUGGUGUUUCACUGGAAUUCUUCAGCCUCCUGGGGAGGGAACUUCUGACAAUGGAACCAAAGACACUGGAGGUUUACGAGUCUGGACUAGCGUGGUUCACAACAGAUAAGCUUCUGGGUCUGACUACAACAUUGGAUGACCUUAAAGAGCUGUCUCCAACUGAAGCAAGGAAGAAAUAUGUUGAGUUGUACGUUGACAUGAAGCUCAACAAGUCGGUGCAGAUUCAGUUUGCAGACUUUGAGAAAGGCUUCCACAAAGGCUGCCCUAUACAGACAUGGAGGAUGUUUCUACCUGAGGAGCUGAUGACACUUCUACAAGGAGAUGACAACUACGAGUGGGACAAGUUGAGAGAGAAUGCCGAGUAUCAAGGAUAUAGGCCCGCAGAUGACAUCAUCCAGAACUUCUGGAGUGUUUUCACAGAGUUCUCAGAGGAGCAAAAGAAGAAGUUCCUAAGUAACGCCAGGCAUCACCUUAACCUUCACAUCAUCAUGUUCUGCUGGGGAGACGGUUCGAGUGGACAGUUUGGUCUAAACUUUGAGAAUGUGUCUGUUCCGAUAGCAGGGAAUAUAUUCUCUGAUAAAGUCACAGAAAUUGCUUGUGGGGAGCAACACACUUUAUUUCUCACGGUAGAUGGCAGGAUCCUAUCAUGCGGGCGCAACUCAAAGGGACAACUUGGCAGACAGAGGAACAUAAAUUCAAAACUACCAGCCCCAGUGGAGGGUCUGGGGGCAGUGGUCUCUGUGGCUUGUGGUCAGGACCACUCUGUAGCUGUGUGCGCAUCAGGACAGGUCUACUCCUGGGGGGCAGGAGGUGAGGGACAGCUGGGCAUCGCCCUUACUACUGUCUCCAAAGUCCCCAGGCCAAGACCAGUUCCAAUACCUUCGCCCUUGCCGAUAACAGUGAUACAGGUUGCUUGUGGAAAUUCCCAUUCGUUGGCCCUGACUAAAGGAGGACAGGUGUUCUCAUGGGGUCUGAACAGUCAUGGACAGCUGGGCCUGGGGAAGGGAGUCCCUCUGCAGCCCAUUCCUGCCCUGGUGCGCUCCCUCACUGGAGUCCCAGUGACCCAGGUAGCAGCCGGAGGAACCCACACUCUGGCCCUCACCCUCCCAGGCCUGGUCUACUGCUGUGGGGCGAACAGGGCUGGGCAGCUGGGACUCAACCGUGUGGAUGAGAAAGGCCGGUUCAACAUCUGUGCUGUGCCUGCUCUCAGAGUCUUGGGGGUUUCCUUCAUCAGCUGUGGAGAGGCGCAUUCUGCUGUUCUCACCAAGGGUGGACAGGUGUUCACCUUUGGGGAGGGAAGCCGAGGCCAGCUUGGGCACAACGCAUCAGCUAACGAACUCCUACCCAAACUGGUAGAGGGUAUGGAUGGACUGGUCUCACAGAUAGCAUGUGGCAGCCAUCACACCCUGGUGCUGGGGUCCUCAGGUCAACUCUGGGCCUUUGGCAGUGGGGUCAAAGGUCAGCUAGGGACUGGCAUUACGGAGGGCUGCUUGCGACCCACCUCAGUGCUGCUGAAAGGGGCUUCUGGUGGGGCAGAGACAGUCAUACUCAACGACAUGAAGAUAUCAGUGGGAUGGAAUUCAAACUUCAUUUACACCGCUGAGAGUUCUGAAAGAGAACAGCCAAUCGGGAGGUUAGAUGAAGCCAAGCUGCAAAAAUGGCUGACGAUGAAGCAAGGAAAUACAGAGGCUCAAAGAGAAAUAUCCUUGAUGUUCUCAACAAGUUCAAGUCUUGUGGCCAGUUUCACCAAAGCCAGUGAGUCUCCAUCAACUAAAGCUGCAGGAGCUUUGAGAGUGGACCUAGAGGCUGCUAGCCAGGCUUUUGAUCAGCUCUUCAACAUCCCAUGGAUCAGGAAAUCAGUAAAUAUAUUGCCACUGGUGGACAAUAUUUUCAGUUCAGCAGCUGUCAUCAAGUCACCAGAGAUCUUUAUGAUACUACCCACAAUCCCUCUUUUCCACGAGGACCACAACGUCAUGAACAUGGUCAUGACUUUAGCAAUAGUUAUCGAUGAGGAUCUGAAUGAAACGGCCAUGAAAAUUUUAAAAGAGUGGUGGUCCUCAAUGGAGACAAACAUCAUGACAAAGCACAUUCUGAUGUGGAAGAAUGCCCUGUCAUUCAUGCUGAGGAACGGUCUUCUGGCUACCCACAACCCCGGAGUCAAAUUCCUGCUGGAAGCCCUCAAGUCCCUCCACAGAGCAAACAAAAGGGCCGGAAGAACCCAGGAAGUUCCAGCCAGUACCUUUUAUGUGGAAGAGAUCAACGAUAGUGUUAUUCUAUUGGAGGAUGUGAAGCUUUGGCGUUUUUGGUCAACAAGGGAGGACACAGAGGUGACACCAGUCAUCUUUUGCCAUUACCCAUUUGUGUUGAGUCUGAUCUGCAAGAUGGCGAUUUUCAACAGUAAUGCACUUUAUACAAAGGUGGUUCACCAAUUCACCCACUUGCUGACAGUGAUGUAUCCUUCUGGAACGUUCCGAGACAACCCAGAAUCUCCCCCUGCUCCAGUCUUCCAGUUGACCUUAAGGCGCCCGUCACUCAUCGAAGACACCUUCAGACAACUGGGUGCUGCAGAUCAUGACUACUUCCAGAGAGAACUUGUGGUGCAGUUUGUGGAGGACAUGAAGCUGUCGCUCGUCAACAUAAGGGACUUCUUCCUCCAUGUGUUUGAAGAGCUGUUGGCAUCAGAGUCUGAGAUGUUCAUGUACAACGACACCAAGACACUGGUCUGGUUCCCUGCCAAGCCCAGAGUGGAGGAGAAGAGCUACUUCCUGUUUGGUGUCUUGUGUGGCAUGGCCCUGUACAACCACAACAUUGUACACCUGCCCUUCCCCCUGGCCCUGUUCAAGAAGAUGGUGGGGGUCAAGCCCUCACUGGAGGACCUGAGAGAGUUUGACCCUGUUGUGGGAGGGAGAUUGCGGUACCUCUUGGAGGACUACACUGAUGAUGAUGUUGAAGAAAACCUGGACAUAACCUUCACCGUGAUCUGGGAUGACCAGAAGGUGGAGCUUGAUCCCAAAGAAACAGGAAAAUCAGUCACAAGUUUUAACAAGAAGCAGUUUGUUGAUGCCUACGUGAACCUUGCCUUCAACCAAUCAGCGGAGAAGGUGUUUGAAGAGUUCAGGAGAGGCUUCUUCAAGGUGUGUGACAGGGACGUGGUGGAGUUGUUCCAGCCUGAGGAGCUCAGGGGAGUCAUGGUGGGGAAAGAGGACUACGACUGGGACACGCUCAAACAGAACACUGUGUAUGAUGGAGAGUACCAUGCCAGACAUCCCAACAUCGUCACAUUCUGGGAGGCUUUUGAGGAACUGACAGACAACGAAAAGAAAGCUUUUCUCCUGUUCCUGACAGGCUGUGAUCGCGUUCCUAUCCUGGGCAUGGACAAGAUCCAGAUGACUGUAGCAGUCUUGCAGAACUCUACUGAACUACAUUUCCCAGAAUCCCAUACCUGCUUCUCCCUACUAUUUCUGCCCAUCUACUCCUCCAAGGAGAUGCUGCUGGCCAGGCUCAAAGAGGCGGUGGCCCACAACAGAGGCUUCUGGAAGGAGUAAUGGACACUAUAUAUAGGCUACUGCUGUGUUAAUCAUUUCAUGCAAUUUGUUUCUUACAUGUCAAUAUCUAUUCAGUUUAGCAUAGGAUUUUGGUUGUGUUGAUAUAGCCUUAAUCUAGGUUCAGAUUUGACACUUUUUAAAAACUUUUCAACCUUGGCUUUUUCAAGUGAACAUUUUAAAUUUGCAAAUGUUUAGGCUAUUUAUAGGCUUACCGUGUUAUUGGAAAAAACUAUCCUUGACUUAAAGUCCACAAAUUUUGAAUGUGAGUUAUGAAAAAAAACAUUGAUUUAUUUUGGCAUUUCAUGUAAUUCUGCAUGGGAACAUCCUUUUUUUUCUGGACACAUGUCUGCAUCAUCUUUUGACAUUCAUGUCUGUAUCUUGUGUUAUUUUAACAGAAUAAUUAUUUAUGUAUCUAAAUAAUACAGAUAUUAGUUUCACCUUAAGGUGUUUUCUUUUAUAAUUGACUAUUCCCUCAAAUGCAGAGCAGUGGUGUGGUUUCUCCAACAACCUGCACAACCUUCCCAGCUAGCACAUAACGUUCUGAGAACUAUAUGUUUCUUCUUCGUUUUGCAUACAACCUUCCCAUAACAUUUACUACAGGUUUCCAAAUGGUUCUAUUUAAAGUAAAUUGUUCAGAGAUCGUUAAGAAACAACGUUCUUCUAUGGGAAUUUACGUACCUCAUCAUAAUGUUUCCUACAGGUUUUCUCAUGGUUCUAUUUAAAAUCAUGUUCUCAGAACGUUAAGAAACAUAAUUCGUCUGUGGGAAUUUCAGUACUUCAGCAUAAUGUUUUCCUAAUGAUUCUAUUUAAAUCAGGGAUGGGGAACAUUGAUGGGGAUGGGGGUCACAAAAAAACAACUCAUGAGGGGUGGCAAUUCUGCACAUUUUGCCAUUGGGCAUACAGAAAAUGUUGCCGUUUUAACGCAAGUUUACUGCAAUUCUACACAUUUUGACAUGGGGCAGAGAGAAGAUACAUUUUUUGAUCAAUGGGCCCCAUCCCGGUCGGUAAUUCGACCAUACAGUUGAAGUCGGAAGUUUACAUACACCUUAGCCAAAUACAUUUAAACUCUGUUUUUCACAAUU